GCAUUGUUUUGGCACUAAUGUCCUCGGAACCUACAAGCGCCCAUAUAACGCCUUGGUUUUGGAAGUGUGUUGUUGUUUAUACGAUAGCGUUUCAAGGGGCUGUACUUCUGUUUUACUUUGAUGGAAAUCCCUUUAAAGUGAAAAUUGCACCAAAGAAAUUCGUAGGAUUUUACUUGAAUGCCGGUCGCCUUGGUAAUCAGAUGUUCCACAUGAUCACUGGGUAUGGAAUUGCUAGAACAAUGAACCGGGUCCACUAUUUGCCAUUCGGACGCUCACGA